GUUUAAAUGUCAUUUCAAUUUUGGUUUCAAAUAGAACGGUGGUAUUGAUUUUUAGAACAGUGGUUUUUACCCAAUUCUCUUCUCGACCUCACCGGCUCCCCAUUCUCUCCGCCUCCAAGCAUCAAAUUUUCCAAUCGUCAAAGAGGGAUCGAGUGGCUGAAAGGGGCAGAAACUAUUCUCCAUCACCGUAAAAGGGGUAUUAAGGAUGCGCUGAAACUUGUGAGUGUUUGCGAUAUUUACUUUGCUAAAGAACCGAGGGUCAUGGCUCUACCCAGAGAUGGUGUUCCACCCCUUACCGAUGCUGACAUAGAAGAGUUCGAUCACCUCAAAAUUCAAAUGGAAGAUAUAAUAUCCGCCACUGACAACUUUAAUCCCACCAAACUCAUCGGUCGAGGUGGGUUUGGUCCGGUGUACAAAGGAGAACUCUCUCUUCUUACAGGACCAACAAUGGUAGCUUUUAAGCGCUUAGAUCCUAGAUUGGGGCAAGGAAAUAUCGAGUUUUGGAAGGAGAUAUUGAUGCUUUCGGAUUGCAAACAUGAAAAUCUUGUCUCUCUCCUGCACUUUUCCAUCGAGGGUGAUGAGAGAGUGCUUGUUUACGAAUAUGCCUCGCAUGGAAGUCUUGACCACUAUCUAAGUGACAGUAGUCUUACAUGGGAGCAACGCCUUCAUAUAUGCAUCGGGGUUGCACAUUCGCUGAAAUAUCUUCAUGAUCCUAUGAAAACACAACAAAUAGUUCUCCAUCGAGACAUUAAAAGUGCAAACAUCCUUCUGGAUGAGCAGUGGAAUGCUAAAGUUUCUGAUUUUGGCUUGUCAAAGAUUUGGCCAGCAAAUCAAACGCGAUCAUAUCUCUUCUCCCAUCCAGUGGGGACACAGGGAUAUUGUGAUCCGUUAUAUGGAGAGACAGGUUUCUUAUCAAAAGAGUCUGACGUGUAUUCCUUUGGUGUGGUACUGUUUGAAGUUCUGUGUGGAAGAUUAUGUUACAAACAUCGUAAUGCUCAAAUUAAUGGCAUUUUAGUGCAUGAUUGGAAACGGUGUUAUCAUGAAAAAAAACUAGACGAUAUUAUCCUAAAAGAUCUUAAGGAACAAAUAAAUCCGGAUUCUUUGAUAACUUUUUCAACAAUCGCAAACCAAUGUUUAAAUGGAGAUCGUAGAGAAAGACCAACGAUGGAUGAGAUUGUGAAAGAACUUGAGGUUGCACUUGAACAACAAAAUAUUGCUUACAACAGGAAUUUAGUUGAGAUUUCAAAACUUGCGGUGCCUCCACUGUCCUACAGAUCACACGAUGAACUCAUCUUGCUUCUCUCGAAAGGGAUUCUUGUUGAUCAGGGCAAAAGGUGGCUUUCAAUGAAUAAAAACAAAAAAGUUCAUGAAAUGAUAUCUGCAGCAGAAUGUGUGAAAGGAUUUGUGUUUCAAGUGACUGCUAAAAUUUCAAGGUUUUCGAAAAUCUUCUGUGUAAGUAGUUUUGAUUUCAAAGUAGAAGUGAGAACUCAGUUUUUAUCGACAGCUAUCCCAUACACGAUAAACCUUAUCUUUAUGUCUGGGAUAAAAAAUUAUGGGAUAUAUAUACCCUUCAAAUACAAAUUGGAAGAGGAGACAGAUUAUUUGAUGUCAGGUGUUGUUCAUCAGAGAAAAGAUGGAUGGCUAAUGGCUGAACUUUACCAGUUUACCAGCUACCAAAGAGAACAUGAUUUUAAAAUUGAGUUCUUAUCAGAUUCUAUAGCAUUUUCACAAUGCGACAUUGAAGGCAUUGAGUUUCGGCCCAUGGAGCAUGAAAAUCUUGAGGACAAAAACGAGGUGGAUGUGAAACAAAUAUCAACUUCGGAUGCAGAUUGGGAACAAAAAGUGUGGCCCAAUUAUAUAGAUUUAAUCAACUUGUCAAAAGAUUAUAUAAAGUGGACAACUAAGAAAGAACACUACUUUCUUCUUUGCAAGGGGUUCCUCAUCGACAAUGGUGAAGACAAAUUGGAAUGAAGACAAAUCUUCCAAUUUGUGGCUUUCUUUUAGCAAAAAGAUGAAGAUACGUCUCAUGAUAUCUGCAAGAGCAAUUUUGGUGAAGGAUGAUUGGAUUUGGAAGUCUUUACCGGAAACAAGGGCUAGAUCUCGUUGUGGGUUAAAAAAACCCUAGCUUUGUCUUUCUAGAGAAGGGCCGUCAGAGUAAGGAUUUGCAAAUCUGAGAGAGAGGCUUAAACCGUCUGAGAGGGCCACCAGAAUAAGGAUUUGCAGAUACGAAACCAUAGCGAUGGUGUCUGCAAUGGUGAAGUUGACGAACCUUCGAUCUCCUAAUUUGCCCUCAAUCUUCUGAUUUGUCUGACCACCUUACCAUUGUUGGAUCUGUAAGAGAGAUUGCGAGAGAUGUGGCGUUCCACAUCACAUCUGUGUGUGAGAGAAAGUGAGAGAUAUAAGGAAAAAUGAUGUUUAUGUCGGAUCUAUGAUGUUGGUGUUGUUUAUAGAUGGAGGUGUUAUUUAUUGGUGCCAUUUAUAGGUAUCGGUGGUGGUGGUUGUAUUGUUGAGUAAUGGUGUUGACAUUAAUGAUGCAAGUCUUAUGACAAGAAAAGGAUAUAAAAAGGGGUGGGGUUUUGGUGGUGGUUGUUUUGUUGGCUA